AUGCCAAGGUAUGCAAAAUUCCUGAAGGAGUUGCUCACAAACAAGAUGAAGCUUGAGGAAGUGCCCUCUAUUACAUUUAGUGAAGAGUGCUUAGCUUUACUCACCAACAAGCUCCUCAAGAACGAAAAAGACCUAAGGGGAUUUAUCAUUCCUUGCACUAUUGAGGGGCUUGUGGAUGAUAAAACUUUAGCUGAUCUUGGGGUGAAUAUCAAUCUGAUACCCUAUAGAAUUUUCCAAAAGUUAGGACUUGGGGAACCAAAGUCCAUGACAAUGACACUACAGUUGGACGGUAGGUCCAUCCAUCAACCAAGAGGAAUUAUUAAAGACUUUGUGAUCCUUGAUGUUGAUGAGAAGUGA